GCCAAAAUAAAUGGAACCCAUGGUGGUGUCGAGCCCUUUGGGGCAUGCGCAGUGGGAGUCGGAGCAAGCGUUUCCUCUUGGAUUUCUCACCCUGGAUUCCGACAAUGGAGGUGUGCUGUGUCAAAACAACAGUGGUCAGACAGGUUUGCAUUUUGGUGACCCCAAUCUGACACCACAACGAAGUGAAAUGGACAAAGGCUACCAGGAUGCUCCAGUAGAGUUGGAUAAACUUUUGUACAUUUCUGAUUAUCCCUGCGGAGAUUUGUUUUUCGAUGAGCGUCACUCCACUGCUUCUGAGACAUCACCUCACUCGGAAAGAAACAAGGAGCCUGAUGAAACCAGUGACUUCAUGCUCUCGUGGCUGUUUUCUCCUAACCUCACUGAUGUGGUAGGGAAAAACUUUGCAUUUGACGAGGCCUCUCUUGGGGGCAACAAUGCCCUCAAUGGACAGAGUGAGCUAAUAGUCAACAGUCAUGCUACAAUACUGUCUUCCCAACAGAAGUGGAAUUCUGAAUCAAACCCAGCAGAUUCACUCAUUUCCAUUGAUCUCCUCUCAGAUGAUCAGGCUUUUGUCGCCUCAGAGCUGUCGGGCGUGUCACAUGGUGUCAGUGCAGGACUGGAAGACCUGGCACAGGAGGAGCAGAGCAGGGCUACUUCGUCAUGUGAAACUGGAGACAAAGGUUUAUUCCCAGAUCAGGUGACAACUCUGCCAGUAAACAGUAGCUUGACCCCGCGAGGGCUACCUGAGAGCAGCCUCCCACUUUACCACAGCAGCACACCACUGGCGUGUCCUCAAGGAUCUUUCUUGGAUUUAGAGAGUCCAGAUCUUGACAGUGGCCUGACCGCUCUUCCCGAUCGUCCAACAGGUGCACAUUUAGAGCUAACCCAGGAUUCGGACGUGGAACAUGCCGCCACUACAGUAUUCAGGACUUUAGUGCUACAAGACGAGAGUGACUCAUCGCCUGUGAUUUUGUCGCCGACAGGUCCUCCGGCUGAUGAUGCCACCGUCCAUGGUGAGCUCAGCUGUGGGAGCUUCUCUGUGGAAAGUGCGUCAAAAGAUUUGAUGGAAGGCAAAAUAUGCUCCAUGGCCGAGCAUCAAGCCAGCGCGUCGAUGGUUUUGGAUUUGUGCUCGGCCACUGAUGGGGUCCGCUGUGAGGAAACAUGGAACUGGAAGCCACAGGAGGGAGUGCAUGAUGAAACUGCUUCUGAUGCGACGACAGAACAGAGGGAAGAGGAGCAGUCGCCGUCUGUUAACCAUCACCAGGAUUUUAAUGUUCUGGAGUUGAGCAGUUGUACUGAGGAGACUAAAUGGACGAGUGAGCAAAGUGUGGAAACUGUUUCCCACUCUAAGAUGGUGGGAGAUGACUCACUGCCAAUGGUUUCAGCUGUGAAUACAAGAGAGGAAGAUGCCUCCCCUCUGAAAACUGUAUUUGAUGCUUUAGACCAGGACGGAGAUGGCUUUGUUCGCAUUGAGGAGUUUAUGGAGUUUGCUGCUGCCUAUGGGGCUGAUCAGGUUAAAGAUCUGACCAAGUUUUUGGAUCCCAGCGGCCUGGGAGUAAUCAGCUUUGAAGAUUUCCACCGAGGAAUUUCUGCUAUCAGCAAUGGAGGUCCGGAGCCACAGCUGUACAGUGCAAACUACAGUCCAGGCGACGGAGCAGUGGGUUGUCCGGAAGAAUACGACGAGCAAAAUGAGGUGACAGACAGCGCUUACCUGGGUUCAGAGAGCACGUACAGCGAAUGCGAGACCUUCACCGACGAGGACACCGGUGCCCUCGUACCCCCUGAGAUGCACGAGGAUGUGGACACGGACAGUGGUAUCGAAGCGGCACUUCAUGACCCCGAAGAGGCCAUAAAUCGGUUCUCCCUCAACUCGGAGCUGCACAACCCCUCCCUGAUGACGGUCAUCGGUGGCGAGGAGGAGCAUUUUGAAGAUUUCGGGGAGAGCAAUACCUCAGAGCUUCUGCUGGAGAGCGGCGAGGAGGGCACUGAUGGCAUGGUUGAUUCCCCUCUGGCACAGAUGCCUCAGCAGAUCGAUGUCUCCUCUCUGCUCUCUCCCAGUGCACCCGUUCCUCUCCCCGACUGCUUUCAGAGCUUCCUCAAGGAGGAGGCACUGGACUUUUUCUGUAGCCAAUGUCACAAACAAAUAAGUCGCCUGGAGGACCUCUCCACUCGCCUGAAUUUCCUAGAGAUGACGAGUGCUGGCAAAAGGCUGUCCAGCAAGAAGGUGGCAAGGCAUCUUCUGCAGAACAGCUCAUUAACGCUGGACACGGUGAGCGACCUGACCCGUGACAUCCUGGAGCUGGCUGACAAUGACAUCACAGACAAGAUGCUCCUGCUCGAGCGUCGCGUGGCGGAGCUCGAAAAGGAGUCAGAAACUUCGGGCGAGCAACACGCGCGCCUGCGGCAGGAGAACCUUCAGCUGGUGCACCGCGCCAACGCCCUUGAGGAGCAGCUGAAGGAGCAGGAGCUGCUCGCAGACGAGCAGCUGCAGCACGAGAUCCGGCGCCACAAAGAGGCUCUGAGCAAGCUGGAGAGGGAAAGAGGGCUGGAGUUGGAAAACCUGCAAUCCAGAUUGCAGCAGCUGGAUGAGGAGAACAGCGAGCUGAGGUCCUGUGUUCCUUGUCUACGAGCAACCAUUGAGAGACUAGAGGAGGAGAAGCUGAAGCUCGAAGAUGAGGUGGACUUAAUGUCCGACAAGUGGCAGGAUGAGAUGGAGAGCCGGCAGAAGAUGGCCGACAAGCUGAGCCAUGAACAGCAUCAAAACCAGAAGGAGAAGGAGAGCACUCAAGAACUGAUUGAGGACUUGCGUAAGCAGCUGGAGCACCUGCAGUUGUACAGGCUGGAGGCGGAAGCAAAGCGGGGCCGCUCACCCAGCGCAGGUCUGCAGGAGUAUCAGACCCGCACCCGAGAAGCAGAACUGGACCAAGAGAUCAAACGACUCAAACAGGACAACCGGAGCCUAAAGGAGCAAAACGAUGAGUUGAACGGCCAGAUCAUCAACUUGAGCAUCCAGGGAGCAAAGAGCCUGAUGUCUGCUUCCUUUUCCGACUCCCUGGCAGCUGAGAUCAACUCUGUGUCCCGCUCUGAGUUGAUGGAGGCCGUCCACAAACAGGAGGAGAUCAACUACAGACUCCAGGACUACAUUGACAAAAUAAUUGUGGCCAUCAUGGAGUCGAAUCCCUCCAUCCUAGAGGUCAAAUAGGCACCAUCUGGAUGAGGGGAAAAGAAAAGCCACACAGUGACCUCAUCAUCUAGAAUAACAACACGUAAUCAGACACAAUAAUAGAAAAUAUUUAGAUUUGUGAGUGUGCGUGCGCAUCAGGUGCUCCUCAGGUUCUGUUGACUUCCAUGUGUUUUGGCCAGAGGAACCCGAGCCCGGUGAAUGAGCGUGUGAAAAUUAAUCAUCCCGCAGCCCCUUCAUCCCUAAGGUUUUUACUUCAAAAGAAGGACUAGGCAAAUCUAUACCUUGAAGGCCUUAAACGCAGAGGUGAUCAAAUGUAUCUUGCGUACCGUACUCGCCUCAGUUGCAACAGGAAUUGUCGGGAUUUGGACCGCUGACUCGUGGUGUGAAGCACCGGUCAGCUCGUUUUGGACUUUUUUUUUUGUUAACCCAAGUGAAGGAUAUUUCUUGGGGAUGAGGAUGAGAGAGAAAUGCCCAGCAUGUUUUUGUUGUUUUGUGUGUGGGAUGUGACUUUUUUUUUUUCACCCUAAUGAAGGACCUGGGUGACUUAUGAAUUGCAUCUUAUUAUUAUUUGUUUCCCUCUUCAAUGAAACAGGGUCCUGGAGCUCAGGUGGGCUGGAAAGUGAGAACGCACGCCAUUAUUAUCAUCAUUAUUAAAAGGAAUGAGAUGUGUGUGUGACAUCAGUCUUUGCCAACCUUUAUUGAACCAAAGCACAUAUUUGACAUAAGACAAACUUCACAGCAUACCACCAAACAAAUGUGCCACAAAAAGUGGCUACGCACAUUAAUUAUAUACCUUCUGCCAUCUAGUGGAAGGACAUUUGGUUCUGCCUGUCACACUACGUCAGGUGCAUAGAUAGAUACAAGAAAAAUACCAUAGUUUUAGUAAAUAAAUACGAAUUUUCGGGCCAAUUGAGUGAAAUUGGAUAAUUUCCUGCUAUGAUUGGUAAUCACUGACAUGGAGUACUGGCAAUGAAACAGUCCCCACCUGGUUCCAGUGUUCUCUUGCUGAGUGAAAGUUUUUGUUGUUGUUGUGAAUUAUUGUCAAUGAAACUGUUGAGACUGAAAAGAUGUUUAUCUGGUUAUAUGUGACGAGCAUGGAAAACCAUGUGAGCAUUUCUCAAUAUCGUUGAUAUCCAGCUGAAGGUGAUCAAAGGUUAUAUGAACUCGUACGCUCUUUUCCCCCAAUUCAUUGCGCAAGUAAACUUUUAUUUCCUUUACUAGUCCUACUACUUUGGCCUACUGGUAUGCUGUUAAACCGUACUAGUGAACUGAGCUGCCAGCUAGUAGACGUGUCAUGCACUUGUAGCCUCCUAAUCAAGACCUGCUAGUGUGCUGCGAAUAAAUGCUCAAACUACUUUCUUGCAAGCUGUUAGAGCAUUUAUCCGAUAUCUGUGAUCAAGCUUAAGGUCCAUGUACUAGUACCUUCUUUGUCCUCACAAGUAGGACUGUGUUGGUGUACAAGGAGGACAGCUACUGUGCAUGUUACUAGUGAGGCAAAACUGCACCAGUUGGCAACUGUGGGUGACACAUGCCUAGUCUAGUUGGGCCUAAUAGUGUUACUAGUGCAGCACAGUAUUUUACUAGUGACAAAAAGAGCAUAAUAGUACCGGGACAUGAAGACGAAUAUCAACAAUAACUAAUAAAUGCUCUUUACAGAAAGCCGUUUGAGCAAUUAUUCAAACUCCUCGAUAGGAACGGGUGACUAUGCCUACUAGUUUGCCCUAGUCGUGUUACUAGUGCAGCACAGUAGUUUGCAAGUUAGGACAAAGAGCGUACUCGUACAUCAACCGAUCACAAAGAUAAUGAUUAAAUGCUCAAACUGCUUUUAUACAAGAGUCUAAUGGUUGCACUUUGCACAAUUUUUAAAAUCAUGUUGUUUUUGUUUCAUUGAAUGGCUCAAAAUGGCAAAAUGACAAGUUUGUGGGAUUCAAAGCACGCUCAGGUGUGGGCUCAUGCAAUGACCAACCACCGAGGCCAUCAUAACUGCCACAUUUAAUCGAAAAUACUUCGCUAAUGACAAGUUUUCGCAGUCACGUCUCACGGAUUACGUCACCAGGUGGACUCAGUGGACUAGUCGGGAUGAUGCACGGAGCAAACCUUCAAGUGUAAUCUGCUUUUUUUAAAUUGUAUUUUAUUUAUUAUUAUUUUUUUUUUAAAUAUGAAAACCCCACGUUGCACACCAAUGCUGCAUUCUUCUGAAUUUUGAAGGACAAUUGAACAAUGGAUCCAAGUAUCAGAUCUUGACGGGGUGAAAAAGAAAAGAACUGUCCUGCUUUGCUUUCUGCACAAAAGGUUCUCAUGCUCACUUCUUUGUCACUCACAACGCUUCACCUGCCACUCCUCGGAAUAUGGCCUUGGAUGUAAAUGACUUGUAAAGUUUUUUUUUACUACGCUCAUUCUAGAUUGUAGGUAUUUUUUUAGCCAGAGGGGAACAACAACAACAAAACAUUUAUUUUCUCAUCUUUUAAGGUGAGGCUGUCUGUAUUCCUUUCCAGCAUGUAGCGUGUACAGUUUUCCCCCCCUCAUUCUUUGGAAUCACACAGAUAUUUAUUCAGUAAGUGACACAAAGACAACACACUUAUCGUCUUCAAAAAUGUUUCAUCUUUGUUUUGAGGUGUUAUUAAUUCAUGGUGACUAAGAGAAAUGUGCAUAUCAUCUCAGCUCGUGCGAAAUAAUUUGCUGCGAGAGUUCGUUAAUCGAGGUAUGCUUCUGUGUAUAUUAUUGUGACCGCACGAGGGUCGUUCUUAUAGAUAUACAGCUUCUAGAGUCGUCUUCCCGUUUUGGAGUCAGGUACUGCAUGGAAACACUGAUUUUCAUUGUAUUCUUACCUAUUCAUGCUACUGACAGAACAUGAACACUUUGUUUUCUCACUUUUAGUGUGAUUGGAGCUGUCCCCUCACUUAAUUUUUUUUUUUUUUAACAGCAGUGAUUCUCAAAACUGUUUACACCUUAUUUUUUUUAUUCAAUUAAAUUGUGUUGCAUAAAGGUUCAAUGAGAUUAAAUGCAGAUGCGUUAUACUAAAAAGUUAAAUACAACUGAACUGUAAUCAGACAGUGAUUAUUUUGUGUACCACUAAGAGGAGGCCGCAUACCACUUGGGGUACCAGUAAUACACUUUGAGAAUCACUGCUUUACCGUUACACAGAAUCAUUCACGCUUUACAAAGUCUCUAAAUAUUGAGCAUGAGUGAUGGUUGGAGCACUAAUGCAUUCAGAGAGUAACAUGCAACAUUCCCUCUUUUUUUUUUUUUUGCAGCGAUGAUUGCACUUUAACCACAUUUGAUUGUUUUUGACCAAAUAUGUGCUAAUAUAGCUCCAGUUCAUCUGAUUCAACCAAAAAAAAAAAAGUAUCACUCUGCUAGUCUAAAACACUGUGCCUGUGUUUCAAACUUUGCCUCUAAACAAACCUGAUAGGAAAAGCACUGACCACACCACAGCAACAUUGUUAAAUUCUCAAUGAUGAAAACCUCUGCUGUAAAUAUGAAUUGUCAUUUUUUGUGGAUUUUACUCCCACAGUUACUUCCAAUGUCCAAAGAAAAUUCCAGGCACCACCAUCACUACAAAUGUAGUGCACGAGUUGCCAUUUAUUGUAUGACAUGGGGAGAUGAAAUAUUGUAGAAAGAAGAAAUUGUAAAACAUAUUUUGAGAAAUAAAUGUACAAAUUAUAACAGCAUUGGUUACAAUAUUUUAUUUUUAUUUUUUUGAAUAUCCCUAUAAAUCCAAUUACUAUUGAGGUAAAUAUGAUUUCAGUCAUUGUAAAAAGACAAAUUAUAAAAGUAAGCAGCGAGCAUACGAGUAGGAAAAUAAAAGGAAUAAAAUAA